AUGGAUGAAUGUGUUCAACCCAUUCCUGUUAAUUCUGCUCCUAAUCCUGUCGUCCUCUCUCUGAUUACUGAUCAAAAUGACAUAAUUCAUUUAGCUUAUUAUGCACCAUAUGGUAACAAUAAUUGGACAAAUUUCAACAGAACAAAUUCAUCACUGAAUAGAAUACCAAUUUAUUCUUCUGAUUCUUCUGAUUCUUCUGGAGAGCAUGUAUUAAAUUUUCGUGUUACUAACAGUAAUCAAGUUAAAGGAAUUUUGUUGAUAUGGACACAAUACAAUUACACAACUAAUACUGACACUUGGAGCUUUGGACGGACAGUAACCCUGAAGUAUCAAGGUAAUCAAACACAAAACAAUUCUUACUAUAGUAUUAAUGGCAAUGGUAGUAUUAGCAGUGAUUGGAUUCUAAUGGAUGGUGGGGAUGGCUCUUCUCCUCGUUGGAUCAGUGUAUGUUUUACAAGAGACAAUGGCACUUGUCCAAGUUUCUCUCUUCCAAUUAAUCCAGCUUCAUCAUUUCCUCAACCAAGCUCUACUGAUGCCCCUGAUGAUACUCUAACUAGCAGCUUUAUAAGUGAAAUGACUACUUUGUUUACUGAUGUAAUAAGUUCAACGAGUUUGAUGAGUUUAUUUGGUUCCUCUCCUGUUGGUAUUGCUAGCUCUUUUCUUAAUGUCAGUUCUUCUUCUGGUAUUGUCAAUGAUACUUUUAGUUUAUCUCCUGAUAUUUCUAGUUCUUUUGAUAUUUUCAGCUCUUCAUCAUUUAAUAUUUUUAGCUCAUCUGCCAUUUUCAGUUCUUCCCCUGACAUUGUCAUUACCAGUUCAUUUCCUAGUAUCACAAGUGAUAUACCUGAUAUUGUCAGUUCUUCUGCUAUUUUGAGUUCUUCAUCAUUUGAUAUUUUUAGUUCCUCUGUCAUUUUCAGUUCUUCUCCUGACAUUGCCAUUACCAGUUCUUUUCCUAGUAUCACAAGUGAUAUACCUGAUAUUGUCAGUUCUUUUGAUAUUUUCAGUUCUUUGUCAUUUGAUAUUUUUGAUUUUUCUAGCUCUUCUAAUAUUUUUAGUUCUUCAUCAUUUGAUAUUUUUGAUUUUGACUCUUCUUCUCCUGAUAUUUUCAGCUCUACUCCUGAUAUUCUCUUACCUUUCACUGACUCAUUAAUCUUAACACAUCAUUCACCAAAGCGGACAAUGGUCCGAACCCGUUCACCUGAUGAAACAUCAUCUAACCUUCCUAUUCCUGCUGAGACCACUAUUCCUGAUAUAACUAGCUCUUUCAGUACUCCUCUCUCUAAUAUCAAUUCUCCUCUCACUACCACUAGUUACCGUUUUACCAUUACUAGUUCUUCUGUGCCUGCAAGUUCCAGCCUCCCUUCUAGUUCUCCUUUUCCUACCAGACCUCUUCAUAUUAGUUCUUCUCUACUUACUAGUUCUCCUCUACCAGCAAGUUCCAGUCUUCUUCCUUUUCCUAUUAGUUCUUCUCUUCCUAUCACUUCUUCUCUCCCUGUCAGUUCUUCUAUGAUCAGUUUUCCUUUCUCUACUACGUUUUCUCUUCCAACUGUUACUCUAUUACCUAGCUCUGAUAUUAAAAGGACUUCUCUUAGUGGUUUUAGUUCUUCAUCCAGUACCCUAUUUAUUGACAGUCAGCUCAGUCUGUCUUCAAUACCAUUUAGCACUCAAGUCAGCAUAAGCUCUCCUGUAUCUAGUCCAUACAUGUCUUCACUCUUGCUUUCAUCACUGUCUCCUAUUCUGACCAGUACUUUUAGUGUGCCUACUCCUACUACUGGUUCUUCUGAUCCUUUAAGCACUUCUAUCGUGCAUAUUUCUAAUAUUGAUACUUCUGAACCUUUUAUUUCAACCAGUACUCCUGCUACUGACCCUCCUGAUCCAUCUAUUCUAAUCAGUACUUCUGCUACUAGUACUUCAAUCAGUACUUCUAUUCUUAUAAUCAGUACUUCUACUUCAACAGCUAUUUCUACUUCAACCAGUACUUUGAUUCCAAUCAGUACUUCUAUUAGUUCUCCUGAACCGUCAUGUACACCUAUUGGUGUAUGGCCUGAGACACAGGCUGGAGAGAUUGCUAGAGGAACAUGUGGAGGAAUAUUCAAUGCUACAAGACAUUGCAGAGAUAAUGGUACAUGGGGUAUGAUCAAUUGUAGUGCUUCUGAAUCCUUUGAUAAAAUAUCUAAUGAAGCUAUGAAUAAUCCUGCAGGUGCUCUUAACUCAUUAAAUGGUACAUUGAGUAAUAUUAGUGUUAAUGAAGCAGCUGUUCUUCUGAAUUUGAUAUCAACUUUUUUACAAAACUUUACAAAAGCCCAGGCAGGGACAGCUUUAGGUAUUGUUGGUGGAAUAUUUGAUGCAAUUAGAACUGAUAGUCAACAGGAGGAAAGGAAUGUUGGCAGUCAAUUGGUAAUGACAAUGGAUAAUAUUACACUGAAAUUACAAGAACCU